AUGACAGAAUUCGGAGCAGUUUCCAGCGCUUCGCAAACACCCGGGCAGCAGAUAUUGGUCAACUCCAGCGGAGCAGGCCAACAAACGUUCCUGAUAAGCGGUCCCAAUGGCAAAGUACAAACCGCGCGAAGGAUGAUUCCGGUAUCUACAGCGACUUCCCAGCCACAGCAGACGGUUCUCAUAACCAACGGUGCCCUCACGGGCUCAUCAUCGGAUGGAACGAACACUGUAGUCUAUCAACCGGUGACAGUAGACCAAACCGGUGGGCACACUGGAGCGACAAGCGUCUUCCCGGCCAGUCUGAUCCAACAACUGCUUCAGCAAUCAAGCCAGCAGAGUCAAACUUCUACAAUCAGCGUACCGACCCAGAAUGGCAACGUUAUCAUGCUGGUGCAGAAUAAUGGGACUGCAACCCCCAUCCAAUUGAGUCAACCGUUGACUACCCAGAGCCAGAUACAAAUUCAAAAUGGGGUGGUGUCAAAUAAUCCGACUACAACAACAAAUACGAUUGCCUCUACUCAGGCGUUGCCCGCCGCUGAUGUUGAAGAAGAACCGUUGUAUGUUAACGCGAAACAAUAUCAUAGAAUUCUGAAGCGACGUCAGGACCGCGCGCGACUCGAAGCUCAGGGCAAAAUACCCAAGGAACGAAGACGCUACCUCCAUGAAUCCAGACACCGGCACGCCAUGAACAGAGUCCGAGGCGAAGGCGGACGAUUCCACGCUCGUGAUGAGAAAGAGACCGAUGCGAACGGAACAGAGGAGUCUGCGGAGGGUCAGCAGUGUCUCAAUGAAUAUUUCUCGCAGAUUCCGAGUACAUGAAGCUCUGACAUGAUCCGCGACGAGUGAGUCGGAGAGUACUGUGCUUCUCCCGUCUGAGCAUUUAGGAUUAUUCAUGGGAAAGGAGGAGCAGUCAUUAGAUACAGGCUCCCCUCGCUGCAUAUGAAACCGUUCGAGAACCGAUUCGCAAGCUCCGCGCAGAUUAUACAUAUGUAUGGAAUUUAGGGGAGCACCCCUCACAUCACCAGCCCUAACUUAUAUAUGCCUCGCUCUGAGAUACGGACCCAGACUAUGAUCGAUGCGUAGCAGGAGGGUUUCCUAGGUUUUGGGUCGGAGCUCCGCCUCUUGGGCUCCCAGGAGGCGCGUCAUCAUCCGAAUCCGGGACUCAACGAGGGAAACUCAAGAAACGCACCUGAUUUUCGAAUCUCCGGGCGUCCUGUACAUCGAUGCUCCUUUCAGAAAAAGAUCGCGACGUGAACGACCAAUCUCAGAUGCUCUCGUUCUCGGUCCCGUGAAGAACCAUGCUCAACGGUGGGCCAAUGUUGUGAAGGCCGAGCGUUCUGGCUUUCGUCGUCGGAGUGU